AUGGUACAAACAAGAUCCGCAGCAGCUCGACAUUCAAACUCUGAUUCAGCUGAACGUUCUCCUUACAGGUUUGUUCCCAGGCAACAUGUUGAAGUUCAUUCAACAGGAAUAACAAUGGUCGAUCAUUAUUUGCAACAAGACUGUGUAUUGACACCGGAAGAAUUAAAACGAUUAGCAGCACAUAAAUACUCUGCCAUUGAUAUAUCUUGGCUGGAUGAAUUGUGCAUGAAGUCUUUCUGGGAACGAGUCGUCAAAUUCUGCCCGUUGUGGGUUGCGCCGAAUUUAAUAACUUUGAUAGGAUUGAUUGUCAACUUGAUCACGGUUCUAGUGCUUUCACAUUACAGUCCAUCAGCCAAAGAAGAUGCACCUCGAUGGGCGUACUUGUUGGCGGCGUUAGGAGAGCUUUUUGAUCACGGGUGCGAUAGUGUUUCACAGAUCUUUGUUAGUCUCAAUGUUUGUUAUGCCUUACAACUUGGUCAAGUUCAAUACGGAGUAUUCUUUGUUUGCAUCUUAUCGAUUGUGGUCUUCUAUACGGCUCAUUGGAGUACUUAUUGUACAGGGCAACUUAGGUUUGCUCGUUUUGAUGUUACCGAAGCUCAAAUGGUUGUAAUAGGAAUGUUGGUAGCCACUUCAAUUUUUGGCCCAGGUCUUUGGUCAAUAGGCAUUUUUGGCUUUCAUUUGAAACAUUUAAUGAUUAUCAGCACAUUCAUUGGGGCAAUUUAUCAAAUGAGUGCCUACUUAUUUACAAUCAUGACCGGCGGAAUCGGACGAAAUGGGAGCACAGUUGCGGGCACAUCAGUGCUUUUUCCAAUUUGCCCAUUAUUGGCAGUGGUUGUGCCAUUUUGCAUGAUGUAUUCAAAAAGUGGAUCGGAUGUUUUUGAGAGAAAUAUUACUGUAUUUGCGCUUUUCUUUGGUGCCGUAGCAGCUAAGGCAACAAAUCGUUUGAUAGUGGCGCAUAUGUCAAGAAGUGAACUGACACUUUGGGAUUGGACUUAUCUGGGACCAACAUUGAUGAUCUUAAAUCAAUACUACGACUACGUGUUCUCGGAACAGAAACUACUCUACAUUUGCGCAAUUUAUUCGAUUUGCUCGCUGAUUUUAUACUGCGUGAUGGUGACAAGACAAAUAUAUACUUUCGGGACAAUGGGAGAUCACUAUGGAUUUUCGCUUACUACAUUCAGCCCAUCUGGCAAGCUCAUGCAAAUUGAAUAUGCUCUGAAUGCGGUGAAAAAUGGUCAGCCAUCCGUUGGCUUGCGAGCGUCGGAUGGUGUUGUUUUGGCCACGGAAAAUCACUCACCAAUUUUAUUUGAAGAUCAACCAAAGAUUGAAAAGCUCAGCGAUCAUAUUGGAUUGGUCUACAGUGGAAUGGGUCCGGAUUUUAGGCUCUUGGUCAAAAAGGGUCGAAAGAUUGCAAUGGAGUACGAGUUGGCGUAUGGAGAGGAGAUCCCCACCGUGCAACUUGUGACGAAAUUGGCCGCUGUGAUGCAAGAAUACACACAAUCGGGUGGUGUUCGUCCAUUUGGAGUUUCGCUUUUGGUUGCCGGAUGGGAUAAAGAGCCAGGAAAUGGUCGUCCUCUGCUUUUCCAAUGUGAUCCAUCGGGAGCAUACUUUGCUUGGAAAGCAACCGCUCUUGGAAAAAACGACGUGAAUGCAAAAACGUUUCUUGAGAAGAGAUUCAAUGAGCAAUUGGAGCUCGAGGAUGGUGUGCACACGGCAUUGUUAACCCUUCGAGAGAGCUUUGAUGUUGGCAUGAACGAGGACAAUGUCGAAGUGGCAAUUUGCAACGAGAAUGGAUUUCAGCGACUUUCCAAACAGAAAGUCAAAGAUUACCUUGGAGCCCUU